UUACACGUAUUAAAAUAUGCUUGACCUCUAAGCAAAAACUAAUAAAGAAAUCUGGCAAGCUAAAAAAUUGUUGUAUGAAAGUGAUGGAAACACUAAAAAAAGCUUGAUUGUUAAUUUGGUUGCUUUGGUAUAUAAAAUGAUUGAUCUUAAGGGUUUAUUAUGUAUUUUGCUUUUUUACAGUAUUGUGGGGUCGGAUGAUAAAUGGACUUGUGAGAUCGAAUCAGCUAACAAUAGUAAUCUUAAUCAUCUAUACAUUAACAGGAGGCCAUUAUAUUUGUGUUGAAAUGAGAAGAACAAUGAAUUGCAAGACCAUUAGUGGACCAAUAAGAUCGGAAAUCUUCUUGAAGGUUAAGAAAGAUCUACAAGCAAGUGCUAUAGUAAUUCAAAAUUCAUAUACAAGAUUGAAUGUCCCUGGGAAAUAGCAAUUUCAGAAAUUAGAUUAUGCUUCAUCUUAUUAUCAAUAUCUAGUACGCUCAUCGGAAUUUAUGCAUUACGAAAGACCAAUAAAAAGUAUGCAGAAUUAAGUUUCUAAAUAGGGAUUUCAUUUGCAAUUCUUUUAGUAUUUAUAAUAUUAAUAGUUUAGUUAAUAUCUGCAUAUUUCGAUUACGUUUCAAUUAGAACUUCUUAAAUAAAUAACUACAAUCUAUGUAAUUUACAGGAAGAGUUUUAGAUUGAAGAAAAAAUGAAAGUAUUUUUGAUUGAUAACAAUCAUAGGGAUAAAUGGAAUGUUCAUUUUCAUUUUAUAAUUUUACUGUGAUUUUAGAAAUAGCAUGUUCUGUGGCAAUGAUCAUUAACUCUAUAUACAUAAAUCAAUGGAGAUAUAAACAGAUUACAGAACUCAAUGAUUAGUUGUGA